AUGUUGACUCCUUACUGGCAAAUGGAUGUAAUGACUGUCGAGACCGUUUUCCUCUAUCCCAUCUAUGUGUUCCUGUUGAUCGACAUUUGGAUUGUGCGAAAGAAACAGACGAUUUUUAAAAGUCCCUAUUACACUUUGGUACUUUGUCAGGUAAUGUUGGCACCGGAUAUAUUGUGAACGUGUAACUUCAUAUGGUUUUUGCAGGGACUCGCCGACAUCUUCAUCAUUCUCACAAUUGUCAGCCUCCUCUCGGCUAGAUAUUUCUCAAUCGGCAACGAGUUUCUCUACCGACUAGAACCCUUCGGCAUGGCCUCUUUUCUCUCGAACAUCGGCCCGCUCAUGUUCACCGUUCGAAUCUUCGGAGUCUUUCUCAUCAGCACUCAAAGAUACGUGGCAGUCUGUCGGCACGGUGGCUACUUGAAUCGAUUUCUGAACGGAACCCGUCCUAUGGCGUUUUUCGCCGUCCACUGGAUCAUUCCACUCCUCAUUUACACGCCCGCGUUUAUGGUCAGCAAUGCUCAUUUUGACAAUUCCAACACUUUGUUCAUUGUUAACACUCAACUUCAUAUGCAGGCAAGUGUUGCGAAGACAAAUUUAAGGAAAAAGAAAACGAGUUUAGACAUUCUCGGUAGUCGUCAUUUCGUCGUUUCUGACGAUCGGCGCCACUGUCGUUGUCAUGAACAUUUCCAUUCUUCGUGCACUUUUCAGCACUCGAAAAAGCGGACAAAUGUCUGACGUUUCUCUGUAAUCAACUUUUCGGGAUCUAUGAGAAAUGAGCAGUUUGCAGUCGUCAACGAUCGGCUCGCUACCAAGAAGUGCGUCUGGCGAUUCAUGUAUUCCUUCUUUUCGUCAUGUCGCUCAUCACAUUCUGCUAUUAUCUAGUCGAGUUUUUGCUGGCCAGCCAACCGGAAGUCAGUGCAAAUGUACAACACCAACACUUCAAAACUUCAAUCAAUAUUCAGGACUCCUCUCGUCGAGUUCUCCGCAUCUAUUAUCCGCUCAUUUCCGGAAACUUCUCCUACAUCAACCCGAUUACUCUAUUGGCGCUCAACAAAGAUGUGCAGAAAAUGCUGAAUUCUCAGUUUUGCGGCAAAAAGGUAUAAAGUGAGACGGAAUCAGUAAUGAAUGUGUGCAGAAUCAGAUAGAUAUCUCAACAAGCAACAACAACAACUACAACAAAUGGUCGAAAUGAACAGCUUUCCUGCAAUGACUAUUGUCUCUCCGCUCAAAGAAUCGAACUCUUCGGGGGCGAGAAAAGCGAAUUUCAAGUGUUCCUACGACUAUCUCCAUUGUAUCGAUCUGUUUCACCUCCGCAUCACUUUCCAAGACCCAACACAAGUAGAAGCAAAACAAUAAUUAGUUCAAACUUUUCCGGCAUAUCACUCUUAUAAAUCAACGACAGAAAAUGAUACCAUCAGAAUCAGCUCGACGAGAUCUAUCCGAAUAUAUAACUAUCAUAAUCACUUUCUGAUAUUUCCUGAAGAAACACACUUCCCACGGGGGAAAAUGGUCGUCUCAUCGAGGGACAUCGUAGAAGACAGAAACAGAGGUACCCAGAAUGGUAGUAGUGCUCCGAAUUGAACCGUUCAACUUAGAGCAGACGUAUCUGGAAUAGAUGCAGAGCUCAGCACUAGUUUAUUCAAAAAACCAACUCCGCCGACAUUUUUUCCCACGAAACAAGUCGAUAAAGUCGUUUCCUUCUUUUCUUCAUCAUUUUUGCGGAAAUGCAAUAAUUUCCUCUAUAAAAGAUAUACUCUAGAGUCUAGACGUUUCGAUGAAAGCAUUUUUUCUGCCGAAUAUGCUCACUGAUGUGUUGAGACAAAUCAGUUAGAUCUAAUAAGUUGCGAAGAGGAAAACAAAGGAGAAAAUCUUUGAAUCCGUCCUUUUUUGUCGGCGACUUACUUGGCUCGCUAUUCCAACAUUUUCAACUGUGAUAUUGUAUAACUUUGUCCUCAUCAAACCUUGUGCAUUGAAGUGCAGCGGAUCGAAUCGGGCAUUGCUCUGAAACUCGACCAUUUUUUUGUUGCUCAUCAUUCUCCAUGUCCGACCACUGGGACGUUUUCAUCGUCAAUUGUGAGACGAUCGUCUGUAUGCCUAUUUAUUUCGUAAUUCUGCUGACGAUUGGCAUUAAUCGGAAAAAAGAGGCCGUGUUUCAGACGCACUAUUAUACGCUCGUCAUCUCUCAGGUUAGCAUGUGAUUUUUGAGGCACCGUGAGAUCACAUGACAUCUCAUAAGGUCCAGGAAGGUCACACAAAAUCUUGUGACAUCCCACGAGGUCCUCAUUUUUUCCUUCUUUAUUCCAACCCUUUUAGGGCCUUGCCGACUUCUCAACAAUUCUCAUAUUCUUCCCGGUCACCUACGCGAGAACCUAUGGAUUCGCUAACAAGUUUAUAUUUUCGCUCGGCCAAUUCGGUGCCGCCCGUUUUCUGGUGACAUUCGCGCCGUACCUACUGAUCACCAGAGGAAUCGGAGUGACUUUGAUAAGCACUCAAAGGUAUCUGACCCUAUGCCGCCCACAUUCACGGAUUGAACAUGUGAGUCGAUCAACUUUGAUUAAAACUUUACAUGUACCAAGUUUCAGAAGAUAAAGUACCUGGCGCCGAGAUAUGUAAUACUCUUUCAUUGGUCCCUGUCCUUGGCCAUCUACACCCCGGCGUUUAUUCUGAGCAAUGCACACUUUGAAGACGAGCGAUCACUGUUCAUAGUCUCUUCGGAAACGUUUAAUUUUGUAAGCGCACUUCUGGUUUCUCAUUAAAAUUUCAUUAAAAAAAAGUUCAGAUCUCUCCCCUCUGCGUCACCACUUCCUUCGCGUUUUGCACUCUUCUCACCGUCCUUCUCUACGCUAUCAUCAUCAAAUUUUUGUGUUCAGCCAAGCAAAUCGCGUCGAGUUCCAAGUAAGACGCUGAUGAAAACGAAAGAUGAUGGUGGAGUUUGGUCACGGUCGCUGCUUUUGCUCUUUACACAUUUCUGUGUAGUACGACACUUGCCCAGGUGAAAAGCGGGUAGACUCACCUGUUUGCACUGAAAAACCGAUUUCUACGUAAGAAAUUAGUGAUUUUUGAAUGUCUUCUUCUCGAAAACACAAAUAAAGUCGUCCUAAACUUUGCAGAAAGUCCCGGCAGUCCCGCUCGAACGAAUACCGCCUCGGCGUCCACGUCUUCCUGCUCACUUUCAUCGGAAUCCUCAUAUUUGCCUACUGGCUCGGAGAGAUGCUGUUCGGCGCUCGUGAAGAGGUUCCUCGCAAACCGCGCCCAUAAUAUUCCCUUAUUUCUUUUUUUCAGCAAGAAACAUUGAAAGAACUCCGACAACACUAUCCACUGAUUUCGGGCAAUUUCACAUUUCUGAAUCCGAUAAUAUACCUGGUCGCAAAUCGAGAGAUCCAGCGAGUUUUGAGGAAGAAUUUGAAGAAAAAGAAGGUCAGCUGACAAAUGUGCUAUUGGAUAAUAUUCGAAAAAAACAAGGAGUUUUCAGUCGACGGUCCAAUCGGUCAGUGUGGUCGGAACACAAAAACGAGUCGGACUCGCGAUGGGAAUCGACAAAAUUCGACAAAAUUUUCUGAAGAUUACAGUCAUAAAAUGA